AUGAAUGCCUGGCUCGCUGACGCCUCGAACCUUCCGGGCCAUGAUAACGGGGCUUUCAACCCUGCCACCAUCGAUCCCUCUGCCGCUUUCCUUCAUGGCUCCCCGGCGCCCCAGGAUCCCAAUCAAUUCCAGCGCAUGUUCAAUAAUGGCGUGCCCCGGAAUGCAUCGCCAGGCUUUCACAACCCAAACCAGGUGAUUCCGUCCAAGCGACCACGACCGGAAGAUGGCAUGCCCAUGUCCCCCCGGCCUGCGCCGGGCGGCGUGACGGGGUCGCGAUCACAAACUCCUCACCAGGUGCCGUUCCCUGGCUAUCAGGGCCCGGCGAAUGGCGCGCAAUUCCCCCAACAUCCCACCCCAUAUCAACAUCUUCAGCAGGGAGCAUCGCCCAACCUCACGCAGUCGCCAAUCAUGCAAGAAUUUGAUCAGCAGAGCGUCCGCAUGGGAACGGCCUCUCCAAGCCCCUUUUCGCCCGCAGGCCCGCAUGUAGGUGGUCCCCAUAUGUCUCCGCAGCAGUCGGACCAUGGCAGCCGUGUGAACACACCUCAGAACAACAACUUCAUGCAAGGGCAGAGUUUCCCUCAGGGCAUGAACCCGCAGCAGUUCCAGCAGGCCAAUGCAAUGACCACCGCUGGCGGUCAGCCGUCAAUGCAAGCUCAACAAUUUAGCGGCAUGCAACAAGUACCUCAAGGAUAUCACCAGGCUAUCGCCGCUCAGCAACAACGACUACAUGCCAUGCAGAUGCAGCAGGGCCAAAACCGGCAGAUGAAUGCCAAUCCGGCAAUGGCUGGCCGGCCAGUCCCUGGUGGCAUGAACGCCAUGGGUAACCCUCAGCAGAUGGCGGCCAUCCGACAGAUGCAGCAGAACGUGGGCAAGCCCAACAAUCCCGAAGGGUUUAUGCGCACCCUGCAAAAAUUUAUGAUGUCACGAAACCUCCCUUUGGAUCCGAACCCGAUUGCGAGCGGUCGCCCGAUCAACUUGGUGCAGUUGUAUGCUACAGUGAUGAAGAUGGGUGGGUCGAAGAAAGUGACCGCGACCAACAUGUGGCCCGCUGUUGCGCAACAGUUGCAAUUCCCCCAAAUGCAAUUUCCCAUGGCGGCCCAGGAAAUUCGGGAGCACCACCAAAGAAACUUGGCUCCUUACGAGCAGGCAUUUUUGAGCUCGCAGCAAAAACAGUUUGAAAUGCAACAGCAACAGCAACAGCAACAGCAACAUCAACAGCAACAGCAACAGCAGCAGCAGCAGCAGCAGCAGGGUGGCCACCCAAGGCAACCCAGUGACGCCUCGGGGAUGCAGUUCCAGUCGCCCUCUGUGAAGCCGGGUCAGGGAUUUGAACAGCCUCCGCAGCUGGCCCAGUCACCCACGACUGGCACCCCUGUUGCCAACAAUGCCCAGGCCAUCUCUGCAAACGGGUUUGCAACACCAACACAAGCCCGAAGUCAAAGCAAGCAAGCACAGCACCGGCUGAGUGUCUCGCGCCAGUCACAACCAUCUGUCCCACCCGACGGCCAGUUUCCUGCCCCCUCACCGUCACAGUCUGGAGGUAAAAGCUCCGUGUCUACUCGUCAACCACCGGUACAAGCAGAGUCAAAACCUGAGCACCCUGUGAAGCAGCCAAUUGAAGAUCCUUUCAAGCCUAUGGUGUUGAAGGAACAUCGUUUGCAUGGGCCUAUUGCGGUGGAUGAAAUGUACCAGGUUGGAGAGGAUAUCUCCCGGCUAAAACCGAACGUGCCCAGCUUUUUGGAGCUAGGGGUGAUUGACAUUCACGCUAUAACGAUGAGCCUCAAAUCUGGUAUACAUGCCGAGGUUCGCCUUGCCCUGGAUACGCUUACUACCAUCUCCUGUGAGCCGCAGAUCCAGAUCUCGUUGGAGAAUUGCGACGACUUGGUCGAGAGCUUGAUCGACUGUGCAGAGGAGCAGCUAGACCUGCUGGCUGAACACACCCCAGAAGAGUCGAACACUAUCCGAAUACCUUUCUACGAGGACGUCACACGUGGCUGUCAGUCCGAAUUCACAUCACUUGCCGAUGUUUCUGAAUUCGGCACUCUGGCCUAUAAACUUGACCGGGCGGUCGAUAAGCUCAUCUGUGUCACCACCAUCUUGCGCAACUUUUCCUUCAGCGAGUCGAACUUUGGAAUUCUGGGAUCGCCGCCAGUUGCCGAGUUUCUGUCUACGAUCUUCCGCUAUCUGGGGACUCGCCGAAUGCUUCUGCGUACCAACCAGAACACAUUGGAUUUCAUGAAGGAUGCGGUGAUCUUCCUGAGCAAUCUGGCCCACGCCAUCCAGUUGCCAUCAAAAGAGGAUGCGUUGAGCUUACUUCUCUUCCUCCUGGCGUUUGCACCAUUGCCUGACCCUUCCACCACACCCGAUAAAGUGAUGUUCACCGCGUUCAAUUCUUCCACCCACCGGUAUACACCUGCGGCAGUGGAUGGGCUGGCCAAGUUGCUGGCGCGGGAUGAUCCCAACCGGACAUAUUUCAAGGCAAUCUUCUCUGGUGACUCACCCGGUCCUUCCCACGUGGAAUUGCUCACCCGCGCUUUUGGCCUUGCCAUCAGCCCGAUCCCGGACCAGCUUCGAAAACCCCUUGCGGUUACAGACGUGCGCAAAGUCUUCCUCAUGCAGGGCCUGCUGGCUGCCGACAUCCUUGCGUGGUAUGCAGAUGGCUCUCUGGCAAGAACGUGGCUCGAGUCCAUUGAUGGGUUUGCCAUCCAUCUUCUGCGACUCUCCUGCUUGUUGUGCACCGAACGCAUCCCACAAAUUCAGAUCAACCCGCGGCAAAGAGGCCAGGCCGAGGCUGAUGCCUACGCAUUCAGCUCAAUUGUUCAUCGCGGAUUGGCCAUUCUCCGUCGGCUUGCAGAGAAGUCCAAGCAAGACAACUCCUCCCCUCUCCGGCUACCUUCUGGGAUCCUCCCGAAGAAAGAAAGCCUGCUGGGGGCACUGCUACUGCCGAACGUCGAUCCGGCCGUUGUCCGACAGCUCGUCACUUAUGCAAAGCUCGCAGAGUAA